AUGACGGUUGAUGUAGUGCUGGAUACGGUGGAUUUAUGGGUCCAAUUGCAUGAACUGCCGAAGGGAUACUCAUCUAGUAGGAUUUUGGAACAGAUCGGAAAUUUCUUGGGUACGUUUGUGAAAUAUGAUGAUCGAUUCGACAACGCUCCAUGGAAGAUGUAUCACUGUAUUAGGGUUUCGUUGGCUGUUGAUAAGCCCUUGAAAAGACGAAUGAAUUUUAUUAAACGAGAUAAGACGAGUUGCUGGGUCAUGUUUAAGUAUGAACGCUUUCAUACUUAUUGCUAUUUCUGCGGGAUACUAGGCCACGCGUAUCAGUUUUGUCGUGGGGCAAGGGACUCGAAGAUGCCGGUGGAGGAGUAUUUGUAUGGCCCGGAGCUACGGGCAGGAGGGAGCCGUGGCCCUAGGCCGGUGGGGGCAGCUGGCUUUUGCCGACGGGCCGGCAUGCCGUGGGGCGGAAACCGCCAGCUGAUCGGGCGGUUGUGGGGCGGACUCCGGAAGAAUGAGAAGAGAGGGGGAAAUCCGCAUCCGAAUAACCUCCUACGCGGCUUUGGGGAAGCUAUUGAGGACUGUGGGCUUGCUCAGUUGCCUAUGGUUGGUUAUCCGUACACAUGGGAGAAGGGGAAGGGGACAGCAAACUGGAUGGAGGAGAGGCUCAAUAAAGUUCUAGUAACGGACGAGUGGCGGGGUAUGGUGAUGGGGGCUAAGGUGAUGAAUCUGAGAACCCGGAAGUCUGAUCACUCGGCUCUCUUUCUGGGGAUUCAGGACUCCGCUGGGGGUGUUGGGCCUCGUAGGAAGGGUUUUCGGUUUGAGAUGACCUGGCUGCAUGAUGAGGGGUGCAGGAAUGUGGUAGAGCAGUCCUGGCAGGAGGGGAGGGGCCAGGGUUUACAGAACUGUAUUCAGUACUGUGGGACCCGGUUAACACGAUGGGGUGGAGACCGGUAUCAUAAGUACGGAAAACGGAUCAAUGAACUGACAAGAGAGCAGCAGCGGCUGAGGGGGCGUACUGACCCGGCCUCCCUAGCUGAGUUCCAGCACCUGGAGCUGUUAAGUUGUACUGAAGCUCAGGAGGAUGCCUACUGGAGGCAGAGAGUCAAGCAACACUGGCUUAAGGAGGCAGAUGCUAAUACGAAGUUUUUCCACAGUAUUAUAAUCGUAUUUUCUGUGCUGGAACCCCGGGAACUAGGGAGGAUUUUUUUUGAGGGAAUUGUCCCGCGAAUCACGCAGGCGCAGAAUGAGUCUUUGUUGCGUUCGUUUGAACUGGAUGAGGUUAAGAGUGCACUGUUUGCGAUGUUUCCGGACAAGAAAACCCCUGAGAUUGUCACUGAUUUGCGGCCUAUAGCCCUCAGUAAUGUGGUCUAUAGAAUUAUGGCAAAAAUGUUGGCUAACAGAAUGAAGCCGUUAAUGGAAGUAGUAAUAUCUGAGUCACAAAGCGCAUUUAUCCCGGAUAGAUUGAUAACGGAUAAUAUACUAUUAGCUGCAGAAGUGGGGCAUUUUUUGAAUAGGAAACAAUGUGGAGUGGGGGGAUGGAGUGCUCUCAAGUUAGACAUGGCAAAGGUGAAUGGCUUAAGAUGUGAUCCUGUUAUACCCACUCGUGGAAUAAGGCAAGGGGAUCCUUUGUCCCCAUAUCUAUUUAUUAUUUGUGCAGAGGGUCUAUCUUUGUUGUUGCAGCAGGCACAUAAUGUGGGAUCGAUACAUGGCUGCAAGGCCAAGGCGGAGGAAGCAACUGAGGUUAAAAGGUGUCUAGCUGUGUAUGAGAAUCUAUCCGGGCAGGCAGUGAAUUAUCAUAAGUCGAGUAUAUGUUAUAGCAGAAAUACUAGUAACGAGGAUAGACAAAGUGUGGCUCAGAUUUUGGGAGUGGCACAGGCACCGAAUUUUGGCAAGUAUUUGGGACUCCCCUCUUUUAUUAGAAGGCACAAGAAAGCAGUUUUUGCGUAUGUGGAGGAUAAAAUCCGUCAAAGGAUUGGAUCAUUGAAUAAAAAACUGCUAUCACAGGCAGGGAAAGAAAUUCUUUUGAAAACUGUAGCACAAUUUAUGCCUACGUUUUCAAUGAGUGUUUUCUUGUUACCUGUAUCAGUGUGUACGGCGGUAGAAAGGACGAUGAAUCGUUACUGGUGGGAUUCUGGAACUGACAGGCGAAUACAUUGGCAGGCGUGGCGAAUGUUGACUAAGCCUGACUCUCUGGUGGCGCGUGUGUAUAAGGCCCGGUAUUUUCCGAAAGGAUCUUUCUUUGAUGCACAGGUGAGAAAUAAUCCCAGUUUCUGCUGGCGGAGCAUCAUGGCAGCAAAGAGUAUUAUUUGUGGUGGGGUCAGGCGCAGAAUUGGUAAUGGUGAGUCUACAUUCAUAUGGACACACCCUUGGCUACGGAAUGACCAUGACCCAAUGAUACAAACAGAAGUGCCAAUACAGUUGAAGGAAGCCAAGGUAGCAGGUUUGAUAGACCAACAAACUGGUGUCUGGGAUCCCUCAAUCUUAACUGACUUAUUUCAACCCAAUGAUGUGGCGGAAAUUAUGAAAAUACCCAUCUCCCCGGAAUAUGAUAAUACUUGGUACUGGCAUGGGGAUCCAAGAGGAGAGUAUUCUGUUAAAAGUGGAUAUAAGCAAGUAAUGGAAAAUUAUCAACAGACUAAUGAGAGGGUGGAUGUGGAUCCACGAUGUGCCAUGUGUGGGUUAUCUCAAGAAGACACAAUGCAUGCUUUGGUGUUGUGUGAUUUUGCAAGGAACAUUUGGAAUAAAUCUAACCUCACAAUUCUAAAUAUAGUCACAAAUAUUUUUUAUGUUUGGUUUGAUGAACUUCUAAAUGUUCUAGACUCUGAUGGGAUAUUCUAUGCAGUAGCAAUACUUUACAAUGUGUGGAGAGCAAGGAACAGGGCCGUUUGGGAAGCAACACUACCACGGCCGGAGGUGGUCCUCAAAAUCGCCGCUGCAGCCAAGCUGGCGUGGAAUCGGGCGCACCCACAGCCCACGGCCCAGGCCACCACGCUGCCAGCCAUGCCGAACCCGCUGCAAGGAAGCGCCAAUCUCCACGCGCCGAAUUCCCUCGCUGCCAAGCCACCUGGACCGCCAAGGCGCAUAUGCCGUGUGGACGGGGGGUAUAUGCAGGAGACAGGGCAAGCUGCUUUGGGGGUACUCUUACUAGACACGGACGGGGGAUAUGUUUCAGCAUACAGUGGACCACUACAAGGAUGCUCCUCGCCACUUAUGGCUGAGGAGCUCGCAUGUAAAGAAGCUCUAUCAUGGUUGAAGGACCGGGGUGAGCAGAAUGUUGAGGUUUAUACGGACUGCCUGACACUACAUCGUUAUCUCACUACACCAACCGUUGUGUUGCGCACAUAUCUAGGCUAUGCCAUUGACACUUGCAGGCUUAUUGCAUCUUCGUUUCAGUCUUGUUCGUUUCAUUUUAUUCCUAGAUUAGAGAACCAUCUAGCUCAUGCUUUAGCUACUACGGCUUAUCAGCAAACUGCAACUAUGUAUUGGGAUCUACUCCCACCGGAUGUUAUUUCGGCCUACUUUUAA